UCGGAGGGUCUCUCCAUUCCAUCCGAAUCUAGCUGCUGCUGCUGCUGCUGGUUAGCUCAAUCGAUCAAUCAAUGGCGGCAGCAACGGCAACUGCAACUGCAACUGAGGCUGCCGGCCACCACCAGGAGCAGCAGCAGCGUUUCCGCGUCGUCGACACGGCCCUGGUGGCGCCUGCAGCUGCUCCCGCACUGCCGCCGCGCUCCAUCCCGCUCACCUUCUUCGACGUCAAGUGGCUGCACCUCCCGCCCGUGGAGCGCGUCCUCUUGUACCGCCUCUCCCCGGACGCCGACGUCCCCGCCAUUCUCUCCGGUCUCAGGACCUCCCUCUCCCAGGCCCUCCGCGCCUUCUACCCGAUGGCCGGCCACGUCCGCAUGCCGGCCACCAAUAACCGCCGCCACGAGCUGUGCUACCGCCCCGGCGACGCCGUCCCCUUCACCACCGCGGAGUACAACGUGGACAUCGACCACCUCAUCGCCGACGACUCCGUCCCCGUGCAGGUGGCCCAGCUCGCCCCUCUCGCGCCGCACCUGCCUAAGGGCCGCGCCGUGCUCGCCGUGCAGGCCACGCUGCUGCUCGGCCGCCGGGGCCUCGCGGUCGGCGUCACCGUCCACCACACCACCUGCGACGGCGCAGGGUCCACGCACUUCCUCCACACAUGGGCCGCCGCCGCAGCCGCAAGAGCAGAUGAGCACGGUCAUCUCGUCAUCCCCCCGCCCCCCGUCAUCGACCGGGAACUCAUCCCGGACCCCAGGGGCCUGUACGACGUGUACCUCAGAAGCAUGCCGCCCAUGGUGUCCCAGGACGACUUUGAGUUCGUGCUGGGCAAGCCUCAGGAUCCCGGCGAGGACAAGGCCCUGGCCACGUUCACGCUGUCCCAGCAGCUUCUGCAGAGCAUCAAGAGCGCGGUCGCCCACGAGGCGGCGCGGCGUGGCAUGGUGACGCCGCCCCGGUGCUCGUCGAUCCUCGCCACCUACGGCUUCAUCUGGUCCUGCUACUGCCGAGCCCGAGGGGCGGCGGCGGCGGCGGCAGAGAGGAGCUACUUCCUCUUCUCCGUGGACCAGCGCUCUCGCCUGAAGCCGGCCGCCGUCCCGGAGAAGUACCUGGGCAACUGCUGCUGCCCGGCCAUCGCGAGGGCGCGGGCGGACGAGGUGUCCGCCGGGGGCAUCGCGGGGCUGUUCGCGGCGUGCGCGGCGGUGGCGGCGGCGUUGGAGGAGGAGGUGCGCGAGGGGGCGCAGGAGCGGUGGGACACGUGCGUGGCGCGGGUGAAGGAGGCCGCGGCCAAGGGGAUGCUGUCCGUGGCCGGAUCGCCCAGGUUCCGCGUCUACGACCUCGACUUUGGAUUCGGCCGGCCGGAGAAGGUGGACAUGGUGUCGGUGGCCAAGACCGGCGCCAUCUCCGUGGCGGACGCGCGUGUUGGAGGUGGAGGCGUGGAGGUGGGUAUCUCUCUGCCGGUGGCGUCGGGUGACAUGGACCGCUUCCGACAGAGCGUUGCAGACGGGAUGGAGUGGCUCCGGUUGCUGUGAUUGCAUCAUUUGCAUGAUGUGUGCGUGUUAAUAAUGUUGAUUUCUA